UGGGACCUCUUCUGUAUUUGUCAGCUGUGCUCCUGUUGUUGUUUGAUCCCUGUAUGGGAGACCACAUGGUGUCUAUUCAGAAAGGACCUCUUUAUCGAGUAAGAGGAACACACAUCACUAUUUGGUGUAAUGUCACUGGCUACAAAAAAUCGGUGCAACAGAAUUUUGAGUGGUCCACUUAUCAGCUAUCAGAUCCACAGACGGAGCUGAAGAUCAUCAGCACUGAAGGGAGUGAAUUUUCUUAUGCUCUCUACUCCAAGCGUGUUAAAGCUGAGGAAAUCUACAUUGAAAAGACCAAGGAAGAUUCUGUUCUUCUGCAUAUCAAAGACCUCAAGGACAAGGAUGCUGGUGUAUAUGAAUGCCACACACCCAACACAGAACAGAUUUAUCUUGGGACUUACAGUGCUAAAACAAAUAUCUCAGUAAUUCCAAAUACACUCUCUGUCACCAUGAAGACACAGGUUCUCUUGCGAAAUGAAGGCGAUUCUUUGGAUCUUAUUUGUCAAGUAUCGGCGGCAACAGCACAACAUACCCAUAUUUCUGUUGCUUGGUAUGUAAUACCAGAAGGAAGGAACAGAAAUGCUCAGAACAUUCUUUCUCUGUCCAAAGAAUACAUUCUGUUUCCAGGCCCUUCCUACACUGAGCGGUUCAACACAGGAGACAUCAGGCUAGUGAAAAUUGGGGACACGGAAUAUAAAUUUUCCAUCAUCAAACUUAAACAUUCAGAUCAAGGGAAAUUGUAUUGUGAAGCAGUGGAAUGGAUUCAAGACCCAGAUGGAACUUGGAAAGAUAUUGUCCAGAAACGGACAGAUACAACAUCACUGACCAUUAAACAGCUUG